CAAAUAUCUGCAGUCAAGCGUUGUUCGGCACACUCGCAGGACCACGAACAACGGGGACAGAGGAGAUUCCUGUUGACGUACUGGACGCGGUAAAUUGCUUGUUGUUGUUGUGACCUUACUUUGAUUUGGUGUUUCUCCGAGUUAAGAAAAAUUUUAUUGUGAUCUCGCUGGCCUGAAAGUUUUGGAAUAAAAAAAAAGUGAAAAGAAAAUACAAUGUCUCAACUCUCCCUUUACAAGCAAAACGUCGAACUUUACCUGUCUAUCCCGCCGUCUCAUAGCAGGGAGCCUUUGACUGCUGUGCAGGAACACAUGGACAGUCUCAUCUUGAGCAAAUUGCCUCAAGUGAAAGGCAUCGUUUUGGCUUACGAAAACGUAAAGUUUUUAGAAAAAGCCGCUAAAAUUAUGUACGACUCCCCUUUCUCUUUUGUUUGGGUGAGUGUAGACGUUCUACUGUUCUCUCCGGAGAAGGAUGACCGUUUAGAAGGACAAGUGAACCUUGUUAGUCCUAGUCAUAUUGGUUUGCUCGUCAUGGGCAUCUUCAAUGCCUCAAUUCCUCGUGAAUGCAUUCCUUCUACUUGGUCUUUUAUUGAACCAAGCACCACGGAAGAGCAAGGAAAAUGGAAAACUGACGAGGGUGAAAUAGUCGAACCUGGAAGCAAACUUAAAUUCCGUGUCAAUGGACUUCAUUGGGAAGCUGGCGUCACCCUGGUUCACGGCAACCUCAUUGCCUCAUAAAAUACCGAUACCUUCGUCCCUCUCACUUUUCGUAUUUGUACUAAAAAUUUGGAAACAUUUUGUGCUUGGAUUUGCUAACUGCCUUACC